AGAUGUGUCACAUUUUUCAGCCCUUCUGAAUUUGCAGCCCAUUGUAUGGAAGGCACGCAGCAUAUUUUGUACAUGGUGGUGUGUGGCAGUGAUACUGCAAAAUUCACAUUCCCAUGACUGAUACUCCCCUUUAUUGCACAGAGUUGCCAUGGCUGUGGCUUGUGAUAUUGUUGAAAAGUAUUGCCCAGAUGUGACAUGCAUGCCACAAGCAUGCUUCAAAGGUUGCCUGAUUAAGUGUGUGUGCAACAUCACUUGGACCCCAGAGUUGGCAGGGCUUCAACCCACCUACUCUUAUUCUCAAGAUAAACUCAAGAAAGCUGCUGUAAUGAUUCUGACUGGGAUAGUAUUAUGCUUCCUGCUGCUGAUUGUUGCAGCCAAAUGGAGAAGCCUAUUUAAAAAAAAAAAGAAUCCAUCCUUUCUUGAUGAUUACAGUGUCUCACGACUGUGUUCCUGCCAAACGUCAAAAACCUCUGAGAUUGACGUCGCAAGCAUUGAAAUACAGCAGAUUGUAGGCAACGGAGAUUUUGCAAAUAUCUAUCAGGGGAAAUACCACGGAUCCACGGUAUGUGUGAAAGUUUUCCCUGCAGGCUGGAAAACUAAAUUUUCUGCAGAGAAGGAGGUCUAUGAGCUACCAUUGAUGAAGCAUGCUGGUGGGAUUGUCCACUUUCUGGGCACUGGGAGGAAACCGGAUGGCAGUUGGCUCAUUGUCCUGCAAUUUGCUGAAUGUGGUUCUCUCCACUCCUAUCUGUGUAAACACACCACCAACUGGGAGUUGUCACUGAAAUUGUGCAGGUCUUUAUCGCAGGGAGCUGCAUAUCUACACUCUGACCUUCACAGACAUGGUUUGCAUAAACCACCUGUGGCCCACAGAGACUUCAGCAGCUCCAACGUGCUCGUGAGAGCAGAUGGCACCUGUGUCCUGUGUGAUUUUGGAUGCUCAACCAUCCUGCGUUCUUGUUCAGGACAUCGUCACUGGCAGAGCCACAAACAACACAUGAAGGGUCACGCUCAGUUGGGCACACUGCGUUACAUGUCCCCGGAGAUCCUGGAAGGCCACGUAAACCUGAGCAACAGCUUGUGUCUCAUGCAGGGGGACAUAUAUGCUCUGGGACUGCUGCUGUGGGAGAUCUGGAUGCGCUGCUCUGAUUUAUUUGAAGGCGGUAUUGCUCCACAGCAUCUUUUGCCUUAUGAAUCUGAGCUGGGAGCCAAUGUAACACUGGAGAGCCUCGUCCAGCACGUGUUUCACAUGGACAAGAGACCCUCCAUACCUAAUCACUGGGGAACGCUACCACAGGGAUCUGUGCUGCAGGAGCUCCUGACAGAUUGUUGGGACUGGGACCCGGAUGCUCGUCUGACUGCUCCGUGUGUAACGGCCAGAUUAGAAUCUCUCUCACUCACUCUUCAGCCUCAUUACACUCCAUGACUUUUUUGUUGAGUUGUAACAUACAUAAAGCAUUUGCUCAGUUCUUUGUGUCAUUACU